UCUUUGCCACCUGCCCCAAAAUAGAAUCCUACUGGUCGCUAAGCUACCUCUUGACUACUUUCUCGGCUGCCUUAAACCGCUCCUCGUCUGAUUCUGUGAGUUGCUGCGGUGGUGACCGAACCCUUGGUCGCUUCAAACAAUUUUCAUGCUGCAUCUUCCUGCGCUCACGAUCCCAGCGCUCCGCUCUAGCCUCAGCCUCCUGCACUAUUUCGUAAAGUUGAGAAAACGAAAUAGUAAUCUCCCCGGGGAUGUCAUCGAUUCUGAGGCAAUCGGGCCAGUACCCAAAAUCUUUGAGCCCGAUGCGAACGAUCCGUUCCCCAUCGACCAAACUACCAUCCACUGCCCGAAAGAUACCUGUUUCCGUCUCAGCUGCUUCAAGUACGGCUUACCCAUCUUCCUCAAUAUAUCUUGGUCGCCACAGUGACCCUGGCUUCUCUUCCCUUCUC